AAAAAAAGCCCUUCGGCUCGUGUUUUCUUUUUUUUCCAUUACGCUUCGGUACUUCAUCCGUUAUCGAGGCUAGCUGCAGCUACCAUCAACGAGGGUGUGAAUUUGUCGCACGCCGUGUCGUGCAUCUUUUGUGAGCCGUGGAACGAGCAUUGCACCAAUCUGUGACCACUGUGUGCGCGUGUGUGAGCAGCUCUUUCCGUCGCUCGCAUCACCUGCGCGAGAGCGGAGCGGCGUGGUGGUGAAAUUGGGGUGCCUGGUUGCGCGCGCGUGAGUGUGCUCGUCGCGACGUCUUGUCAUGGGCCUGUCGUAGUCGAAGGCAGGCUCCUGCGCUAUGAUGGCCGGUGUGUUCGACUUGGAGCUGCACGACGCCGAGAAUGACAAGAACGACGAAUCCAGCGACGACGCCAUCGAAGUGGACGAGCAGAGCCUUUCGGUGGAGCCCAAUAUCAACUCCAUAUUAGAAUUGCAGGAUGUCGAGAAGAUUCAGCUGUCCGAGGACACGGUCAACCCCAACCAGGAGAAGACUGGCCCCAAGGACUUCGAGCUGCUUAAGGUGCUCGGCAAAGGCGGCUAUGGAAAGGUUUUCCAAGUCCGCAAGCUCACGGGAAAGGAUGGCGGUCGCAUCUUUGCCAUGAAAGUGCUAAAAAAGGCCACCAUUGUCCGGAACCAGAAGGACACUGCACACACAAAAGCUGAACGGAACAUUCUGGAAGUAGUCAAGCACCCAUUCAUAGUGGACCUCAUCUACGCCUUCCAAACGGGUGGCAAGCUCUACCUGAUCCUGGACUACCUGAGUGGCGGAGAGCUCUUCAUGCACCUAGAGCGCGAGGGCAUCUUCUUAGAGGACACUGCUAGCUUCUACCUGUCUGAGAUAGUGCUUGCAUUGGAGCACCUUCAUCGUGAGGGCAUCAUCUAUAGGGACCUCAAACCAGAAAAUGUCCUCCUUGAUGCACAGGGCCACGUGAAGCUGACAGACUUUGGACUUUGCAAGGAGUCAAUCCAGGACGGUGCCAUGACGCACACGUUUUGCGGGACGAUAGAAUACAUGGCUCCGGAAAUCCUUACAAGGACGGGUCAUGCCAAGGCAGUCGACUGGUGGAGUCUAGGUGCUCUCAUGUACGACAUGCUCACAGGAGCGCCUCCAUACACAGCGGAGAACAGGAAAAAGACAAUAGAAAAAAUCCUGCGCUGUCGGCUCAAUCUGCCUCCUUACCUGACACCUGAUGCAAGGGAUCUCUUAAGAAAGCUGCUAAGGCGCAACGUACUCCAGCGACUGGGCAGUGGACCUAAUGAUGCACGUGACAUCAAGGCGCACCCCUUCUUCCGGCACGUCAACUGGGAGGAUGUGCUGGCAAGGCGCGUGGAACCCCCCAUCAAGCCACAGCUGCUGAAUGACGAGGACGUGUCGCAGUUUGACACCAAGUUCACCAAGCAGACGCCCAUCGACAGUCCGGACGAUGGAAUGCUUUCGGACAGUGUCAACCAGGUGUUUGUGGGUUUCACGUACGUGGCCCCCUCCGUGCUAGAGGAGCUGCACCGGCCCAUGGUGAUCAAGGCACGCUCACCACGCAAGCUCACCAACAGUCCUCGGACACCUUUCAGUCCUGUGUCAAAGCGUCCCCAGCCACACUUUGGCUUCAGCCCCUCGCCACUGGUGACUGGUAGCAGCGGAGUCAGUGGCCGACCAAACGGCGGAGUGGUGCCUUCCUCGCCAGACGAGCAGAUGGACACAACGAGCGGACCUGCCCUGGCCCCCGUGAUGGUCAGUGCACCUCCUCCACGGUCACCGGCCAUCCCGACACGGAGCAAGGUGCCGCCUCCACCUCGACCCAAGGCACGUGGUGACCAUGAUGUUCCUUCCCUGCCGCGUCGUCUGCUUGGAUAUCUGGGUGGACCUUUCCGCUGAGGGAGCACCGGUUGAGGGGAACACUGUAGCAUCCCAAUGCCCGUGUCACAAUGGCACCCUCUCAGUGAUAAGUGAAUUCAUAAUGUAACUAGAAAUGCAGUUAAAAGGCAAUGAUGAAGAUUAGUUACAGAACACUGGAGCUGACUCCGCACUAGCGUUGCAUUACUCGUCUGCGCAGAGCAUGCAGAAUGACAAGGCAUGAAAGGAAGAAAGGCAUGCGGAGUUCUUUGUCCCUACAACUUUCUUCUACAGCGAGAAUGUCUGUGCACGCUUUCCGUAGAUCAUGAAUUGCCACCUUGCCCAGGCCUCCACCAUAGCUAGUUGCACUACUCGCCUCCGUCCUUGCCUUUGCUGCACUCUUGGUUACGCCAUGGCUCCAAACCAUGUUGUGCAGUUUUCUCGUAAGUCACUGAACAUCAAGCUUGAUGGCCAUCGGAGAUUGUUGCAAUGCUCAGUAAUAGCCCUGCUUCUCUCAGCUAUGGGUAUUCAGUGUUCUGCUCCUGUCUGCAAGGCUGUUGGCAAAAUGAUGUCUGGGCUGGGGAAAGAAGCAGAAAAGUAGGCUGGAAGACACUGCCUUCUCUGGAGCUUGCUGCCUAAUUCUGAGUUACAUUCCUUGUUAUUGAAAUCGAUGCUGCUUAUUUGGAUGCAGCAUUAUGAGUCCUUGGUUGAAAUUCUCGAAGGGCACUGAAAGGUGUGGUCACCAGCCCUGCAGUUGGUGAUUGAGAGUUAAUCAGCGCCUCUAUCAAGCUUCAAAUGGCAGAUAGCAUUUGUUGUAGUAAGACUGCAUUGUUUAUCAGAAAUUGGUUAAUCAUAGGUUAGUGUGCAGUGCAUUCAGACAUCAGCAGCAAUGUUUGUGAACGAACAAGUGUAUUGCAAGUUAUCUUGCAGGUAAUCAUUAGUUGAUGACACAAAGCUUUUUUUUAAUUGAGAAUUUCUCUUUACACUCAAACUUCCAUACCAUGAAGGUCAUACUUACAGUGAGAAAGUUUGUCAAAUUGGGUUUAUGAUUAAUUGAGGUUUCCUUGUUUCAGCAGUAAAAAUGACUUUGCAGAUGUCUGGAAACCUCACGGUAGAUAGCAUCUCGUCAGUAAGCAGUUAUAUAAUAAUCAAGAGAACCUCACAAGAAACUUAGCUAAUGACCACAGGGUGAAAAGCACUAGUGGGUGUGGUAGAGCUCGGGAGCUGCACGUGGACCGCAUCUACUGCUGCGGGUCGCUUUCACGUGGCACCCUGAAUGGAUGGACUCGAUGCUUAUCACUGUGGCGGAUCACUGCUAGGCUACAGAUGACACCUCGACAGUGUGCUUUUUUUAAUUUUAUUUUGGUCGCUGCUGAGCCACUUGUAGGCUCUCUUCUGGUUGGCGAAUGCCAAGGGCAUGGUGCCCUGUGCACUCGCCGUAUCUAAGUGAUGCGUUAUGUCCUUAGCUGGACUGUGAAUGCUUUUUUGCCACCCCGAACGUGACAGUGAUGACAGAAAUGACAUAAAUGAUGAAUUUACUGUCAGGCAGUGUAUUUGCUUUCUCUCGCUUGUCACAACAGUUUUGGGUAUGUGCGUGCAAUGUACAGUAUUUGUCAAAAAUAUUUGUCAAGAGUAUUUGUCAAAAAGUUGCCUUCGACCGUCUGGCCCAGUACAGUCUGUACAGAGAGUUUCUUUGAAAUUCCACGAGCUCCAACACCCUCUGCAAUGAAAGGAACCUCGCGCAUGCCAUUCAGGUGUCUGAAUUGGCAGCGGGCAGCGCUCCUCUACACAGCCAAACAGCAUGCCUGCCGCAUAUAGUGAAGGUGCGGAGUAGCCAACAUAUUUUUGCAAAAGGAUUUACUGUCGCGCUCAUUAUGAGUUGUAGCACCCGCCGUGGUUUCUUAGUGCCUAUGGUGUGGGCUGCUAAGCAUGAGGUCGCGGGAUCGAAUCCCAGCCACGGCGGCCACAUUUCGAUGGGGGCGAAAUGCAAAAACACCCGUGUACUUAGAUUUAGGUGCACGUUAAAGAACACCAGGUGGUCAAAAUUUUUCCGGAGUCCCCCCCUACGGCGUGCCUCAUAAAUCAGAAAGUGGUUUUGGCACGUAAACCCCAUAAUUUAAUUUUAGCUAUGAGUUGUAGCAUGGGAGCUUGUGGCCCCAAGGUGCUCUGAGACUGCACGGCAGCGCCGGCGCAUGAAAAAUUGGUAAACUAAAUGUCAUUACUGGUGGCACAUCGUUUCGGAGAAGAAUGACACCUGUCAUUUUUCUUGGCAAAACAAAAAGUGAGGGAUUUAUACUGUAUUGCAAUUUGUAUAGUACAUGAUGUAUCCAUGGACUUUGUUAAAUGAAAACGGUGGAAGAAAAUUGCCAUACUAAACGCUGAAAAAAAUUCAGUGGAACUCCAAUUGUACAACUUUCAGGGGACCACGAAAAACUGUCGUAUAAUCGAAAAACUUAAAAUGCAGGCAGUGAUGCUCAGUCUUGUCCAUAACGGGUACAGAUCGUCUGAAUAAGCCCAUGGCACAAACCUGAGCUGCUCCAAGGAAGGUAGAUUAAAUAAUAGGAAAAUGGCAACAAAGCAUAAUUGGAGGAGGUGCAAGCGCAUCUUUAUUCUCACCUUUAAAAAAAAUCUGUGAUAGUUUUCUGGAUGUUUCCCCAGCUGCGACGCAUCAGCUUCCUCUUGAAGGUCACCAACAUCAUUGCAUACACAAACAAACCACCAAAUGUUGUCGACGCUCCGCAGCACUUCCACAUAAAUGUAACGAACAGACAAUUCGGAAACAAAGCCUCUUCACUUAUGGUUGUCGUCUGAGGUGCAGACUUUGGGCACCUCAGAGGACGACCUUGGGCGAUCCUUUCGAGGAUGGUUUUACUUUCGCCAAAUUUCAUGUUACUCAGCACCGAAAGCGUCCCCGACAAGUGUUUUCAGUGCUGUACCAAGCUCGUUAUCAGUACCAAGAGUGGCCGUAUACUUUGAGGGGUUCGGAGCUUCGGGCUAAGUCUCGUGAAAAUGAAUCUAUCUCUGUAAGUGAAUGCACGAGUACACGACACCUUCGAGCUCUUUUGAGAUCAAGUACUUUUUGAGAGGCCACACAACCAUUUGAUUCAAGAACAGUGCCAGGUCACUACAAGGUCCACAGAGCCCUUCCGACCGGCCUUGCAUUUAAAGAGGGCCUCCCACUGGUCAUGCCAUCUGCAAAUCAUUGACGUCGAGCCGCUGAGCCAUGGCGGAGUUUCCCUCCUUCUCGGCCAUCAAAAUUGCUAGUCUCUCGAAGCGGGCAUCAUAUUGAAUGCGCUACUUUGGCAUAACGCCACAAAUAAAUGGAGUCGGAGUGUAAAACACUGCAGGGUACUGCACCACCACAACCGUAACACAAGUACAGUGAAAAUGGCACCAAUUCCAACCGAAAAAAAAGUUUUGACUUCAGUCGACUCGUGUAUGCAUUAGACCGAUACGGAAAGGUACAGAUUGCCAACGUAAUGCUAAAAACUGCAGAAUUUAGAAUAUUCCUUUCAAAAUUGCGAAUUUUACCGUUAUUCAAAUGUAGCACCAAGAAAACCCAUUAUCAGCCGGCUUCAGUGUGCUCACGUGCCUGCUUGCAUCUGCUUAGGGGGGAGGGGGGGGGAUUCUUCUUCCCCAUAUCUCUUUUUUUUUUUUUUUUUCUUUGAGACAAUAUCAGAGAGGCGUACGAGGCAGGGUCAGCGUAAAAUUUCAUCGUGUACAGUGGACUCUUUAAAUAGAACCUCAAGGGACCAGGGAAAUUGCUUCCGUUUAUCACGAGUUCCAUUUAUUGAGAGACAAAGCAAGCUGAAUAAUACAAUUGCCUGGAUACAAAACCAACCAACCACGAGGAUGGUGUUCUGUUUAAGAGGCCGUUCCAUUUAAGCGAUUUUCGUUUAUUGAGAUUCCAUUGUAAUCGAGGUUUUUGAUACACUGUUUCUUUGGAGGUUCUGCCCGGACCAAACUAAUUUGUCGCAAAAUGCAGGUUGUCACAUGACCGGGGGCGUGUAAUCGAGGUUCCACUGUACAUGGUAUUUAAUAGAACAGGAGACAGAAAAUGAUAAAAGAAAGUAUAAUGUAUUGUGGAUCUCAUUAAGCCAAGGAUUAUAGUAUUGAGUUUCAACUGUGCAUCAUUUUCUUUUAGUCCAAGGAACGUUUGUAAAUUAAAACUUUAUACACUCAAGCCUCGUUAUAGCGAAGUUGGCGGGGAAGCCAGAAAUACUUACUUCGUUAAAUAUACUUAAAAAAUACUUACACGUUAAAAAUACUUACUUAAAAAAUACAUUACUUCGUUAUGCCUACUAUUGUUACUUACUGCAAUAUAUAUUAGCAAUGUUAUGCACAACUUUAAACAUGCAAAGAAUACUAAGACUCCCUGGCAUGCCAAACCUCUACACAGCGUGUAUGCAGUGAAAAUUCAAUAAAACAACAGCAAAAGACUCUCCAGCACGCACAACACGAGAGUUUUUAGCACCUGACGUGACAGCCAUCACGAUGGCAUCCUUAUGUUCCAGUGCGAUGGUCUUUUGCUCCCACUUCUCACCUGGCUCGCUCAUACCAUUGUCAUGAAACCCGUCAAAGUAUACAACCGACAGAGCUUGCCACAGCGUCAGAAAUGCGGACGUAUACGUGGACGCGCUCGCCCCUUGAAAGUGAAACUGUCUGAUCCGCCACUUUCUAGCAGCCCCUAGGCUCCACAUAGCUUGGCUUAACUUGGCUUAGCUUGGCCAGCUCAUGCUGGUUUUACGCAAUCUCGGAGGUCCCGCCUAGCUGCGCCGGCACAGAGCGGUCCGCCGCAGUUAGAGAAAGAACUGGAGGCACUAGUUUUCAGCACAUCGCAUGCAAGCAUCAUUAUCGAUAUGCGGUGCAGCACAGUUAGGCAUGACCUGCUAGAUUGCGGACUCGGAGGGUGCGCCUAGCUUCGCCGUAGCGAAAGAUAGAUGGGAUAAGAUAAGAAAGAAGUGCUGAAGCAAGAAAGAACAUAAUACUCGAGCAGCUGUUCUGCUGGGUCCCCAACAAAUGCAGAACUCGUCAGAAAGUGAUAUGCUUGAUGCACAACGGCCAGCGUUGUUGUCUUUGGAGACAAACCUAGUUCAUUAUAUGCAUUGGCAGAACAAUUUUACUUCGUUAAAACAAGGUUUAAAAUAUGGUGAUCUGUUAGAGAUUUCAUGGGAAUUGCAUUUACUUUGUUAUAUCCUGCCUCGUUAUAAUGUGGGUCCAGUCUAAUUCAGGUGCACAUGGCACCACUCUGUUUAUCUUACUGCGGCAGCUGAUUCUCACUGAGCGUCGCAAUGGAGAGUGCAGUUCGACUAGAUGCUGAUGGGCACUGAACAAUUGUUGAAACAGCCUUCACAACAGCUGUGCAGCCCGACUUUAUUCAGUAUUCUUUUGACAGUAAAGUUAUGGGAGCAGUGGAAGUACCGAUGAUGACAGGAAUAGUAUUAUGUGCCAUAUUUAUUAGAAUCUGGGUCGAUAGUUCUUUUUUUUUUUUUUCUUUCAGAUAAACAUAUGCCAAACUCUAGGGUCGGCUUAGAUACGAGGAUUUUAAAAAACGUGCAAGUUUGUAAUUGAAAAUGAUAAAUAUGCCACAUAGCUAGCACCAUAUAAAGAAGUGCGUGUCACAGCCGCUAUUAUUCGCACCAGCAGCCAACUGAAGUACACGAGCGACGCCGCUAUGUUGACCUGUGUCGUAUCGGCAUGUUGGCGUGGCCCAUAGCGUGGCUGGCAUGGCGUUAUUCUAAUGGCACCAAACAGGUGAUGCCACUAUAAUGCCGUUUUCAAACGAAAAGUGGUGCUAGCCGCAGAGGCAUCGGCAAGGUUCAAGCCGAGCGGGACUUCAGCAUCGAUGAGAAAAACAUCCGUUGUUGGAGGGGGCAACAAGGAACACUUUUUUCGUGUGCCGCGAUGAGGAGACGACAGCGAUAAGGAAAAUGAGCGCGUGAUGACAGAGAGGAGCUGUCCACUGAGGUCGCGCCGCAUUUCAAUGCAUGCGAGCCAUGCCGUACUGUCUCUGUCUAUGCAUGCAUGGGCAUGCGGACGUGAGCCUGCACGUGUCUGCAAGCGUGCAUGUGGUUAGGCUAGCAGCGAUGAUAACGUAAAGUGAACUUGGCAUGCUCGUAUUAAAUAAAUUCCGUUUUCAUUUUGUGAACACUUCCUCACUUUUUUGUUCGGUCUACAUUCGAGGUAAGCUUUUUAUUUUUUCUGGCUUUGGACAUCUGGGUGUCUGCGUAGAAUCGGGGCCGGCCUAGAUUCGAGUGAGAACAGUAUGUUGCCUUUGCACAGUUGGGCACGGCUUUGCGUUCUGCCUGCGUUAUGGCAACUAUGCCUGAUGACUUUGUUAUUUGUGCUGUCGCUCACAGCUGCUGCUACACUGUGCAGCCAGCGUGCAACAGGCGUGGCAGAUGCCUGGGGCACUUCGUGCACCUGAAGCGGCACUGCUUGCGCAAUGCAUUCAGUGGCUGAGAUGUGCGGAAACUGAGGCAACUCGCGGUUUAAGUAGGUAGCAACAAGUGGCUCCAGUGCCAGGUUGCAGUACGUGUGAAUACACAAAAUGGACCCUUGAAACAUCCGGCACCCCUUACCUGGUGGUACAUACCUCUGUGCUACUACCGGCCCUCCUGUCACUCGCAAAAAGGGAUGCAAAGCUUUGAUUGCAGAUGUCGCCAUGUGCUUGUGCCAGUAGUUACCCCACAGAUUUUAAGCGAGGGCUUGAUGACCGGUGGGUGUGGCCCUCACUUUUCUGGACACAGAUCCUUCUCCAGUCUGUUCCCACUGAGUCUUGCAUGGUCACACCCUGCGAUCUCUCAAAAUGUGUCAUUAGAAAGAUCUCAUGACUGAUGUUUCUUCUGCGAUUUUAUCCCAUUUGCAUAUCACCUUUUAUGCCACUUGAAUCAUCUCUGACAUCGAUGCAUGUAGAACAUAUCGUCACCAUUCUUUUUUUUUUUUUUAGUGGCUGCAUUUUUCUUCUGCUUAUCAUAUUCAUGCCAUUCCCAGAUUUGCACAUCCUUCUGGAAUGCUGCACAGAACAUGCAACGAGAAUGAGCAGACCAGUGUAUCCUGUUGCAUUUGGUGGUGCUUGAGUAAUUCACCAGCUGGAGUUAAGCCACUAGGGUAAGAGUAGGGAAUACUUGGCCAGUAUAUUUGCGGGUGAGCAAGUGCUUCCACCUGAGGUGAGCUCCGGUUAGAAACGGUGCUAUGAAAGGAAGAUUGAGUCGAGGCUUUGGCUGAUGUCGCCCUUCGUUGUGGUUCCUUUGUAUUUCUGCUGCAUAUGGCUAGUCGUCCUUAGUGACGUCGACACACUAGACGUAAAACAAAGAAGAAAAGCAAGCUAUCAACUGCAAGGUAGUACAAGCUUUAUCAUGAGCCUACUGCGAGUCGGCUGUGACACUUGUACAUCUAAUUUCAGACCCAUUGUGCCACGACGUUAAAGGCCAGCUUGCUCACUGAAAUUGGGUAGGUCAUGAGCAGUCUUUACUUUCCUGCUGUGCCACUUCUAACAACUUCUUCCUCUUGCAUUAUUGCAAGAGGCACCAUGAACAUUACUCCGUGCUGUUCAUUGCGCAAUGCUGUGACUUGCAUUUUCCACAGAUGCCAUUAAAAGGCGUUUAACCUUACAGCCGCUUUUUGUAAUGGAGCUCUUUUCAUUUUGAGGCUAAGAGGGUGGCCCCACGCCACCGCAUGCUCUCCCAAUGGAUGCAGUGUCAAGACUGACCAUAGGCUGUGCAGUAGUAGACAAUCAUCCGUGCGCACAGCACGCACGGCAAAAUCUCAUUAGUACUAAAAUACCGAAUGCAUCAUUUCUACUUCAAAAUACUUAUUGAGCUGUGAGAAACUUAACACAGUACACGUAGCAGUGUUUUCAGUACAAACAUAUUUAUAACUCAAUUAACAUUCCGUUGUUUUUUUUUUUUUUUUUGGUGUGAAUUUACUCUGCCCAGAAAUAAAGGUCAACAAGUUCUUUUAAUUAUCAUUGAUGUGUAACUAUAUUUGGGCUUAGUUGUGUUAAAAUACAUUCAAUUAGAGAAGACAUGCUGCAAGUGCUUGCCUGGUAGUGAAGACUGGGCACUGUGGAUUUCCACUUAUUUCACUCUGGUUAAUUCAACCUCCACCUAAUGCGAUCUCGUCUGAAGGCCCGAGCCGUUGUUGGGCAUUAUGGGCUCAACCUUCCGUUAUUCCAAUUUCAAUAGUGAUCGUGUGCCAUUAGAUUCAACUCUUGAAAUACUCGUUAGCAGGACCACAAUGCACCAAUUCUGAAGGCUUCUAGUAUGUGCACAUGCCGAACCAGUUAGAUUCACACAGGCAAUAUCGUGCAGGCGAACUUUGCAGCAGCAGGUUAAACCCCUCAACCCAAGACCUUGUUUCUUAAAAUAGAGCAACUGUAGUGAGGUUACGGUGCAUCAUUGUGCUCUUCUUUCCUUCAUUGCACCGAGUUAUGCUUUGGGUUCUUCGCAAACCUGCACCUGCUCCACACGUUUUGCCUGUGCAUGCUCCCUUGGGCAUGCGGAGCUAACUUCACCUAUUCCGAGUAGUACCAUUUGUUGAAAUUGCGGUACACUAAAGGCAACAACAAAUCGUAGAACAAAUAUUUUCACCUUAAUUUUUUAAAAAAGCAGGGAGAAAUUACGCAGAAGUGCAUUUGCACGUUGGCACCUCCUAGGACCAUCCACGAAAUGAACACUGUAUCACAAUGCUUAAGAACAUAAAACGAAGUAGCUGCUCUACGUAAUAGUGGUGGCAUCUCAGGGUCACGGGAGGCAGAAUGAUUGAUUUCGCGUAAAAUGCACGGAAAUGUCGAUGAUGGGCAAAGGCAUCAGUUAGGAGGGGCUCAUAUUCAUCUCAGACCACUGUCAUUUAUCUUCUUGCAGGUGUAUUUUCCCAGGGCCAAGCGAUAGAUGGAUGUCCUUGAGGCGGCAAAUAUGGUCAGGGUUUGCACAAUACACAUGCUGCACUCGUUGAUCAUAACGGAGUUGCAUGCAACCGUGUUCAAGUUGCAGUUCAGCUGUGGUCGUUUCGGCACGACCUUCAGCCAGCUGAAGUGUGAAGCCUUGUCCAGGGCUGCAGUGAUAAAAAUUCGAGGCCCUCUCGACUGAAGCUGCAGAGGUCAAGCAGGGGAUCAAAGCAGGACUCUGUUUGCAGGCUCGAGGAGACAGUGUCGCACUUCCAGGGUAUUUCAUCAUUUAAAAGAAGAGUAGGGGCAUGCCUGGAACACGGCCCUGCAGCAGGCUAGUUAGGUAAAUGUCUUGGAACGCUAACAUUGCAAGCGAGUGGCAGAAUGAAUGGAUUCACUAGUGCCUGUCUUGUGAUCACUCUGCAUUGUGUGUUGUCUUUCAAACGGUUAUGCACCAUUUUGUAUGUAGCAAGCAACGCUGCGAAGAUGCGCAAGUAGUGCGGUCUCGCUCUACACUAUAUAUUCUACACUACACUAUACACUAUAUACCGUAUUUACUCGCAUAAUGAUCGCACCCCUGAAUUUUGUCGUCAAAAUUCGAUUUUUUUUUAUUUCUCGUGUAAUGAUCACACCCCGAACUUACCACAGCGAUAUGUCUUGUGCCAAGUCUAGCUAAUAAUGAUUGCGCUUACCAUCUGUCGAAUGCUACGCGAACAACUCUUCAAGACAAACCAGGCGGUUUGCACGCACCAAACAUUCUUAAGCAGGUGCCCCAUUUCAUUCCUUUCAUCACUUUCCGCACUUCCAUGACAAAAAAAAAAGCUACAACCAAACUUUCCUUUAUUAUGUGUAGGCUUUUUAUAAUGUUUGUGGUCAACAACAACAAAAAAGGUGCCUUUCAAUUCUUCUCACCUGCACUCGUGGGCACGCAACAAAUCAAGAGCGGCAACGAUAGUACCCACGUUUACACUGAUACGUUAGAAGCGUACCCUAUUCAUGCGUCGAUGCUUGUAACACAGCUAAGAUAUUCGCCCACCCUUAGUGGACAUGUGCUGUAUUAGGAUAGUAGUGAAGACAAAUGCCGUAGUUUCCGCAGCAUGCCCACCAUGUUUUUCUAUGUCACUGGCAGCUAAGUGCACCCAUCUGUUCCUGUCCCCUCAAAGUGGACAUGGCUAAGUUAUUGCCAAAAACUUGCCGAUAUUAACAAUAUUAUUCAUUACUGAUAAGGGAGAAACUGUUUCAAUGCACGUAAUGUACUCGCGAGAAAAAAAAAAAAAAAAACGCGUUCGGCGCAUUGGGCUUGCUUUGCCGGCCGCCAUCUUUGUUUUGGUGUCCCGCGCUACAUACAACGGCAGCUGCCUAUUUGUUGACCUGUUCUCAUCUCGCAGCAAAUGCGGAAUGGAAAAGAAACUUUUUUUUUCUUUUCGCAAGAAAUUUAACUCGCAUAAUGAUUGCACCCCUGAAUUUGCGUCAAUUUUUUUUCCAAUAAAGUGCGAUCAUUAUGCAUGUAAAUACGGUAUACACCAUACAGUCCAUACAUUACAACUACAACUUAUGGAUGUCAGGUUACACCACAUUGCAUAUUGAUUACACACCUUUGCACUUCCACUGAGGUGGCUUUCUGUGGCCACCUUUGUGGAAGUACGUUGAGAUCUGCAAUGUCUUCCAUGCAAUACUUAUGCUGUGUUUUGGUGAUGCCAAGCAUUUUAUGAACAACCAUCUGGUCAGGUAAAAGCAUGAAUGAAAGACUGGCUCACUGAGUAAAUCGGAGCAAAAAACUUAUUGACGAUUUCGAUAUCCGUGGGGAGCUAGCAUGGAGCUUUUCCAUUGAAGUCGUUUUGUACGGAACCCUCGCGAACCAAAUCUUCGUAUGGAACCUGAAAUGUCAACAAUUUCUUUGUGUUGACUUUGUCAUUGACCUUAUCCUGCGAUUGUACAUUAUAUUUUGUGACAUAAAAGUAUGAGACAUGGUUACAUCUUAGGACAUAACGUAUAGCUAUACGACUAAUUGAAGCACAAGGGAGACUACGGAGAUGACAUAUGUGACGCAGUAUUUUUGGGUUGAAAAUGCGAGCAUUGAGACUCUAGGCUCCGUAGCUUUGCCUGCUGUAUAUGAAAUGGAGUUAGCGUUUGAAGAGAGAGAUGCCUAGUCCUCGCAGAGAAGGUUGCUUGCUUGCCCAUGGACCAAGACGUGCCUUCCUGGGUCACCACAUUUUUGAUGUGGCUUCACAGAACUGCAGCUUGCAUAGUGGUGUCACAAACAAAAGGAUUGUGUUCGAAGAUAGGUUUCAAAUGACUGUUCAACAUUUACAUUAAUGACCGUGAUGCAUUUAGCAUGCAAAUCUGUCCUUUGCCAAAUGAAGAAAACUUGUGUAUGAUUGGCAGGCUGUAAAUAAAAGUUUGUUUCUGAUUA